AUGUUGGCCAACCUGGGCUACGGGAGAUCCCCGUACCGCCAUUAUCCAUAUGGACAGGUGGAGCCGGAAGAAAUAUACGCAGAGGCCCUCGAAGGCAACCGGAUUGAGGAUGCUGAAGACACCCAUUGCUAUAGCGCUCCCUGCAUCACUAACGGGGAUUGCUGCCGUGGGCUUAUGUGUUUGGAAACAGAGGAUGGAGGGAGAUGUCUUCCGGCAUUUGCUGGGCGCAAGUUAGGCGAGAUGUGUAACCGUGAAAACCAAUGUGAUGCUGGGCUGGUUUGUGAAGAGGUCGUACCAGGUGAGAUGCACGUCUGCCGUCCCCCAUCUGCCGGUCACAAGCAAUACAACGAAGACUGCUCCUCAUCUAACGAAUGCGACAUCACCCGUGGACUCUGCUGCAUCAUGCAACGCAGACACCGCCAGAAGCCAAGAAAGAGCUGCGCAUACUUCAAGGAGCCUCUCGUUUGCAUUGGACCAGUUGCUACCGAUCAGAUCCGCGAGAUUGUGCAACACACCGCCGGCGAGAAGAGGAUCGGCGUGUACAGAAUGCAU